UUUUGGGGGCUGGCAGCGCUUAGGAAACGUUGCGACAACUGCAAUGCACACUUUCUGUACUGCACUGCCCUGACAAUGAGUCUAAUGGGUAUUGACAUGGCCAGGAUGGUAUUAUAUCGAUGCUGUCCGAGCGCAUUCAUCAUAGGACUGUGUACCUCGAUCCAGCGUUUGGCAUCAAGGCAGCCCUGACUCCCUAUGCGGCUCCCAAGCCCUGAUCGACUGCUCAACCAUUGACACAGGGACGAACCUGCACGUCAAGCAGGAGUUGGCGGCCAUCUCGCCAACUAUAUAUCAUUUUACGAUGCACUUGUGAGCGGUCACGGUGGCGUCCAGUCCUGGGCGCCGAGAACGCCAGUCUGGCAUUCUUCCUGGGCUGCGCGCCGUUGGAUCCCAACAUGCCCCGGCUAACGGCUCUGCUGCAAACCAUGGGCGGGAAAGUGAUCGCCUGCGGGGAACCCUCGCUUGGUCUGGCAGCCAAGCUGGCCAACAACUACUGCACUGUACUAACCUCUUGGGCAUCAUUGAUCACAAUACUAGUAGCGCAGAAGCCAUGGACAUGGGGAUGCGGGCGUGCUGACAGUCGGUCCUGCCGCCGGCACCGCGCAGAACGCCAACCCGUGCCCGGCGUACAUAUGUCCGCGGCCCCAUCGUCGAACGGGUACAGAGGCGGGUCCACGGUUCAGGGUCCAGCUGAUGAGGAAGGACAUUGGCCUGGCUGUGGACAUGGCGAGAAGCGUGGGGGCUAGGAAUUCCCUUGGUAGUAGCGGCCUGGAAUCUAUGCCCUACCGAGCAGAGGCCGAGGCCUGUAGAGAUCUAGACUCGAGGGUCGUGGAUCGGUACUUGGUGGCAUCGAGGGAGCACUGGUCGACAGAUUUCAAGUUAAUUUUGAUC